AUGGAGCAACAAAAGCUGGAUGUUUAUGUGAAAGGCUCAUGGCUAAGAAAAAUGGUUAAGGAAAGCAGCUCUCAGUUUGCAGCCAUUCAAGUUAUUUCCGCCAUAACCUUUACUAUUACGAUUGCAUUCUUUGUUAUACUCCUUGGGAUCUUUGUCAAUGGUCGCAUCAGGAAAUUCCUCGUUUCUGAAGACUUCAUACCAAUACAAAGCAUGCCUGUUUCUGGCAUUGAACUAUCAGGUAAUGGAUUCAGAGACUUUGGUGAUUGGAUAGCUCCGAGGAGAUUAUGGCACACAAUGUCUGAUCAGGAGCUCUUGUGGCGUGCUUCUAUGGUACCUCACAUUAAGGAUUAUCCUUAUAAUAGGACACCUAAGGUGGCGUUUAUGUUCUUGACCAGAACGAUGUUGCCGCUUGCACCAUUGUGGGAGUUGUUCUUCAAGGGACAUCAAGGCCUCUACUCAAUUUACCUCCAUACAUCAUACGAGUCCAUUGACGAGCCUGUUGAAUCAUCCGUGUUCUACCAGCGUAGAAUACCUAGCAAGCCAGUGGAAUGGGGAAGGGCAACCAUGGUAGAUGCAGAAAGAAGAUUACUAGCUAAUGCCCUACUUGACUUCUCUAAUGAAAGAUUCAUAUUACUAUCUGAAUCCUGUAUUCCUUUAUUCAACUUCAGUACUAUAUACGACUACCUCAUCAAGUCGAAGCACAGCUUCGUGGGAUCGUUUGAUGACCCAAGAAAGGUGGGACGAGGCAGAUACAACAAGCGUAUGGCACCUGCUAUACAAUUAUCAGAUUGGCGUAAAGGAAAUCAGUGGUUUGAACUUAACCGAGACCUUGGCAUUGCUGUAGUAUCAGAUGAGGCAUUCUACCCUGUUCUUCGAGAUCAUUGCAGGCCUCCAUGUUACAUGGAUGAACACUACUUACCUACCCUUGUGGUGAAAAUUGGUAAGGACUUGAAUUCUAACAGAAGUAUUACUUGGGUUGAUUGGAGUAAGCCUGGUUCUCAUCCCACGACGUUUGGUAGAAAGGAUGUUUCUGAAAGGUUCAUGAGUCGAGUUAGAGAUCAAUCUGAUUGUAUAUAUAACAAUGUGCCAGGCUCGUAUUGUUUCCUCUUCGCAAGAAAAUUUCAUCCUAAUACACUUGAGCCUUUGCUUAAGAUAGCACCUGUUUUAUUUGGGUUUAAUAAACAAUAAAAGUGUAACUAGGAUGAUCUUCUCACCUCUCUUUCACUCUUUGUAUCUGCGU